AUGGGCGUCCUCAACCAAGGCUCCCUCCUGCAGGGCCUCGCCGCUGGUCUCGUCGAUGGCAACUACAGCACCGCAGCAGUCUGGACCACGGCGCUCUUGGCGGGCGCCCUCGCUCUGUCUCUGCUCCUCACGCCGCGAUUGGACCCCCGCGAGCCUCCUGUGGUGAAACCCACCAUCCCCCUCGUCGGCCACAUCAUCGGCAUCAUACGGCACCAAUCGGACUAUCACAGGAUCAUCCACAAUGCCAACCCUACAAAGCACAUCGCCACGCUGCCCAUGCUCAAUGGCAAGAUGUACACCAUCUACGAUCCUCACCUUGUGCAGACGGCGCUGCGGUCUAGGAUCGCCUCGUUCGAGCCGUUUGGGAUUGACUUUGCGCAAAAGACGUUUGGCUUGAGCAAAGAAACGUUUGUCAAGGUUCGACGCCCGAAUGUCUUCGGCGACUUUAACGAUGCCAUCCAUUCGAGCUUUCAGGCGCCCAUGCUGCACAAGAUGAAUGUCCACUUCUUGGCUAGCAUCUCUGCCAAGAUGGAUCCGAUUAGUUUCGGCACAGUGCGUGUUGAUGAGCUGAACUCUGGGAGGGAGGAGCUGGUGGAUGGGGGUUUGAGGGUGGAGAAUUUGUAUCUUUGGUGUCGAGAUGUUAUGACUCUGGCGACGACCAAGGCUCUGUAUGGAGAUCACGAUCCGUUUGGGCCUCAGCCGCACCUGGUUGACGAUAUAUGGCUGUUUGAGGAAUCUAUCCCCUACUUUCUGCUGUCUCUCUUCCCAUCCAUCACGAUGCCCAAGGCAUAUCGGGCACGGUCAAAGCUGCAGGCUCUGAUGGGCAAAUACUACUCAGAAGGCCAUGACAUCAACGACCCAACCACGUCUCAGCUUGUCAAGAAUCGUGCAGGCGCCCUCCGAAAGCAUGGCUUCACCGGUAACGAGGUGGGACAGCUCGAGGUGAUCCUACCGAAUGUCGCGACUCUCAACGCCGUGCCUACGUUUUACUGGAUGCUUCUCUUUAUCUUUGAGAGACCUGAACUGGUGAACCGUCUAAGAAAAGAGGUCGAGGCUGCAGCAGUAGUAUCCAACAGUGAAGGAAAACGCACCGCGACGUUCGACAUCGCCUCGUUCGACGCAAAACUCCCUCUCCUCAUCAGCUGCUACCGCGAAACGAUGCGCCUCUCGAAUCACUCGGUCAGCAUGCGCCGCAUCAUGCAAGACAUGACCAUCACGGGCGCCGACGGCCAAUCCUACCUCCUCAAGAAGGGCGUAGACCUCCAGCUCCCCGCGGGCGUGACGCACCACGACCGGAGCGCCUGGGGGCAGGACUUUGACGAGUUUGACGCGGAGCGGUUCCUCCAGAAGACUAGGGACGCCGAGACGGAGCGGAGACGAAAGGCAGCAUAUUUCCCGUUUGGUGGGGGGAGACAUCUCUGUCCCGGGAGGAACUUUGCAUUUGCAGAGAUUUUGGGCUUCAUGGCUGUUUUGGUGCUUGGAUUUGAUGUUGAACCUUUGGGUAUAAGGUUUGGUGAGAUGAAGAUGCUUGGAGGACAGCUCGCUAGCGGGACGGUAAGACCAGAGAAGCACGGCAAGGGACUUGGUGGGAAGAUUACUCGUAGGAGCGGUUGGGAGAAUGUUGAUUGGAGAUUUGAGUGCUGA